UGAGCAUGCGCACAUAUUUAUAUCCAGCGUGUUGAGAUGAGAGCGGUUAGCUUAGCGGAGUAAACAGAUCAGAGCCUGAAGAUUUUUACACUGACUGAUAAAACCUGACCUUGCAGUGAAGCCGAGCUAAACAACAACAACAACAUAAUCAAGAAUAUUACAAUGGCAAACGACGGUUCAGCGAAGUUAUCUAAAAACCUGCUGCGGAUGAAGUUUAUGCAAAGAGGCCUUGAUGCUGAGGCAAGGAAACAGUUGGAGGAAGAUGAGAAGAGAAUUAUUAGUGAUGAGCACUGGUAUCUGGACCUGCCUGAGCUUAAAGCCAAAGAAAGCUGCAUUGUUGAAGAAAGGAGUUAUGUGCCAUGUGAAGACUUGGUUUAUGGAAGAAUGUCAUUUAGGGGUUUCAAUCCUGAAGUUGAGAAGCUGAUGGUUCUAAUGAAUGCUCCCAAAGAGGAGGAGGAUGAUGAAGAGGAGAAAGAUGUCGGCAGAAUGGACACAGAUAUUACAGAUGAGGACAUGGCUAAAAGGUAUGGAAGUUUGGUUGAGAGCAUGAAAAGAAGAUUUGCCAAGAAAAGGGAACGCUCUUCUCUCAAGGACAGCGAGGAAGACCUCAACCAUAAUGUUGAACCAUCACAACCAAAGAAAGCUUUCUUAAAGCCGAAGGACUGAUAUGUUUUUACUGGUGUUAUACAAAGUAGUCUUUUAUUGUUAUUUUUUUAUACAUAUACAGGAAAUGGAUUUUAAGACUGUAGUUUUGUUGUAACAAAGGUGCUGUAAAAUAACAGUAAGGAACUGGAUGUCAUACAUCCUUAUUUUUGAGUGUAAAGAAUAUGUUAAUUAUAUUUUACCAACAGUCUGGUUCAAGUGUCCUCUUAAUGAAUGUAAUGCAAUUGCAGAUUCACAGUUAAUAAUCUAUACACUUUGGUUAUUAUUUAUGUGGUAUAAGUGCAUAUAUUUGAACAGUUUUGUUCAUAUUGUACAACAUUUGUGUAUUGCUUUAAAAUGAAUGAGGUCACAUGAUAAAGUUUAACAGUAUGCUCAA